UUUCAUGAUAUCGGUUUGUGUAUUCCGGCAAUCCAAUGCAGGGAAGUUUCAAGAUACAACUCAUAAACAUGGGAACGCGGGCGGCGGCUUAGCUCAUCGGGGAUCAUUGAGUAGUGAGAAAGCUUUUUGUGUGUCCUAAUGCUGAGCGCACAGACUGACAAUAUGCAGUCAGCUUCGGAGGCACUGGGUCAGAAAGUCACAGCGAAGAUCCGCAGCUUGUACGACUGCCAGUUGCGGCUGAUGCAUAACAUCCAGCCACUGCCCUCUGGCGUGGAUAUCGCUAACACCGUCAAGUAUUUUUCCCAAACUUUACUAAGUGUACUGAAGGAUGUAACACGCUCUCCGCUGGAGUUGAUCAGGGAUCCAGCCAACGACGCAGAGCGAAUGUCUCUGUACCCUAAUUUGGACUACAAGGGGCUGUUUAACGCUAUAUCGCAACUUGUGGAUUCCGCGCCUCACUUACAAUAUGGGAUUCAAGCAUUCGGCCAGGCAGUUCUUCAAUGUUUGGGCUGCCUACUCCCAUUCCUGGAAUACGACAUGAUAGACAACCUACCGUACCUAGUGGCGUACUGCGUUGCAGUAUUCCCGGUAGCGCUGCACCAGGAGAUCCUGAAUCUCCUGUGCUAUUACAUACUUCCAUUUACUAUCACUCGCCGUUAUUCGGGCCAAGAAGAUGAAAGUCAAGCUUCACAAUCUGUCGCUGCCAUUGUCAUGAUGGUGUUCCAGCACUCCAGUAAUCCAGCCCACCACUGCCAGCUGCUGGAGUGCCUGAUGUCGAUGAAGCAGACCGUCGUCAAAGACAUCCUGUGCGUGAUCGCUUACGGCACGUGGGGAGCGAGGCUGUCCGCAGCGAAGCUACUUUUCUACUACUGGCCCCCUUUCGACGCCAAGCUCUUCGACAGGAAGGGACUGCUUUGCAAGUUUUCUAAUGACUUGGUGCCGUUUCUAUGUCAGCGCGAUAUGUGCCCCAACGCGGGCACGGCGGAGGCUGCCAAGGUCUGCUACGACCACUGCAUCAGCGUCACCUUCGCAUCAGACAGCCCACCGCCCCUGUACCUGUGCAUUGAGUGCGCUAAUGAGAUACACAGGGAGCAUCCAAACCAGCGCUUCUUCGAUAUCCUGCACCCUCAACAACAAGUAUCCAUGGUUUGUGAGAACAAGAACUGCCGCUCUGCAGAUAAAGCGGCCUAUUCAAUUUGUUUCUCUAACGAAUGUGCAAGUUAUAAUGGGAAUCAUCCUAUCAGAUACUGCGGCCAAUGUCACGGCAACCGUCACAACAGUCGGCGCGGCUCCGACCACGUGCUGCACACGCGGCUGCCCUGCGCCUGGUACAUGGACGCCGACAUGCAGACCAACCUGGUUGAAGCUGUUAUCAGUUUAUUGAAAGAAGCAAAACCAAUAAAUAUGGAAGAUCCAGACAGCGCUUCAGAACAAGCCAAGCCCCCGGUUUCUGUCGAUCUACCGGACCCGAUAUCAGUGGAGGACAGGCAACUCCUCGGCAGGUAUGGUGUGUGGUUGAUGGUCGGAUUGUGUACACCGAACCCUGACACGCCCGAGGAGAUCCUUGGACGCCUGCUGUCAGUACUCUUCCACUGGUUUCACGUCACGUCAUUCUCAUAUACUGGCGAAACGGCAACGAUUGUAGAGAAGCUGAAGCUAGAGCACGUCUGCGGCUGGGUGCGCGCGCUGUGUGAGCAGCAGCGCGGGGUGCUGGUGGCGUGUCUACUGCCGCACCCUCCUCACUACAUGCGCCAGGCAGGCCACUGGGACAACCUCGCCUCUAAGACUCACCACCUGAAAGACGGACUCAACAGGUUGUACUGCUUGAUUCCUUACGGUAUCAUAACACAAUCGAUCUGGGACUACAUCAUGCCUGCAUGGAUGGAUGCUAUUUGCACGGAAAUGCCGGAGAAGGAGUUGAGUGAGCUGAAAGUACCGCUGGGUAAGAUUUUGGAACCCGAAGGUGCUUUAGGUGGGGUGGACGAGAAGGGUCUGUACAAGUUUGCCGCCAUCAAGGUCACGCAGAGUCCCACACCAGAAACAGUUUUGCCCGUAUUGGAGUGGUUUCAGACUAUAUCUCAAUUAGAGGUCAAGAUACCGUUGAGUCAACUGUUUGAUCUUUUCAAUCACUGCGUCGUGAAUCUUCCCGAGAAGAUAGUUAGCCCACCUCGUUCUGAUGGCACAAAAUCUAAAGAUUCGAAGGACUCCCCAAAUGCUACCGAUAAGGAGAAGAAGGACAAAGAUGAUCAAAUGAAACCUCAGAACCUGACUUGUUGUAUCCUCAUGUUGGACAUAUUAAAGAAACAGAUGGAGUUGCAGCAAAGACGUAUAAACAUCCAAACCGUGAGCAGUGACGCUACCAAGCUACUGCGACUGAUGCUGAAGUCUAAUCAAGCUAACACCAUCGGACACGCUGGUUGUUCCGCGGAGGGCGCGUGCUCGUAUUGCGAGGCGGCUGCACUGUGGCAUCAACUAUGCGUCUCCAUCGUCACAGCUCUCGGACCCACUCGACCUAGACAUGCCAGACAUGAGGCAUCGUCAGAGGAGAUAUGGACAGAUCAGUCGAGCAGGAAGAACCAGUCUGAAGAGGAUUGCAGUAAGUCACCGUUGAGUGACGUGUUGGUUGCCGCGCCCCCCGCCCCGCCUGCGCCCCCCGUGGGCGGGGUGUUGGUGCACGUGCCGCAUUUUGUCCAUUUCAUGCAACUGUCGCUAUUAAAUGACGUCGGUCCGGACUCGACGCUCGCUAAGUCCACGACCGAUACACAAAUAAUGACAGCAACGGUGGAGACGAUCACGGAACAGCUUGACAUGGCGGUGUCUCUGCCAGAAGCACCGCCAAUGGCGACAGCCCACACUGUCACCUUAACUGACACGGAUGUUGCCACUGCUACUGCUGAUGUCUCUACCCCAAACCUGCUUGGAGAUCAUGAAACGAUGGCAGGAUCCGUAGAAGAGGAGAUGGUUAACUUCUGGCCAACGUCCGCCGGGAAGUUUCAUUUCUGUAUAGAAGAUCUGCCGCAAGAGUUGCAGUACAUUCAUCAGUUGCUUCAAGAACUAAAGAGCACAUCUAGGCCGGACGUGCUGUAUCAUCUUCUCCAAUGUCUCCAAGUGCUGGUGCUGAACACAGACGCUCUCGCAGACCACAGGGGCUUCCUUAUUUGGUGUCAGGAGAACUUGCUAAUUGAUAAUUUGUGGAGCGUGUGCCUAGCUGCCCAGUCGCAUAUUUGCUCGGUGUCUGUGCCGGUGCUUCUGCACUGCGUGACGCUGGCGGGCGGCGCCGACGUGCUGUGCCGUCUGUUGCGAGACAACUUCCACCAUCAGGACUACCGCGUCCGCUUCACGGCUGUGGAGCGAGUUCAAGUCCUUAUAAGGUUCAUGGAUGGGUCCCCGAUUAACACGAGUCUGGCGUUGCAAACGGCCAUGGCGACAGCGUUCUGCUAUCUCAUCUCCAGUAUGGACGAUAUCAACGUGUACGUAGCGCAGAGAGCCACUCUGUACAUCGGGACCAUACACGAUAAUGCCAUUGAGCUCCUCCUUUACUGUCUGGAGACGCAGUUCGAUCUUGUAAUUGUGGACCGUCCAAUGAUACUUCAGUCGAUAUACCAACUCCACAACACGCUAAGCGAUCGCCGCAUAUUGACCUGGGAUUUCUUCCUCAAUCGCUUCGAAGCGCUGCUCAUAGAAGCGCAUAUCAACUCUAAUAAAUCUAUCGACUUGAAUGCUUUACGAGAGGUGGUGAGUAGUGAAGCCAGUCCGGAGCGGGUCGCGCAGAAGGCUCGGCGCGCGCAGCAGGCGCUGGGUGGGGGAGCCCUGCACGCCCUCAGCGCCUCGCUCGGACCCAAGUGCCCUUACAAACGGACCGCCUCCGCACCGGCCGCCGUGCUGCACGCGCAUAGGCACGAUCGCGAGAAGGUGUAUCCGCGGCAGUAUUCAGCCCCACUACUGAAGAGGAAGACUUCGAGGUUCGGACUGGGACAGCUGCUGUCAGCUCCACAACCGAUGGGCACUAACCAGAGAACCGAAGAAGCACUACCGACGGUUUCAAACAAAGCGAUCGAUCUUGAGGAGGCUGACAGAGAGACCACAAAUUUGUUAGCCUUUUUGCUCAUGCAGUUCUUGUCUAGGUCAGAUCAAGCACAUCCAACCGAAGAUAAAUACGUAUCGAAACGACAAGAGCAAGUACUUAAACAUCUCUUCAUGUUACUCGGGUAUAAUACCGUCGAUAAAUUCUUUCACAUCACUGCAUAUAGUUUGAGACAAUCGUCGAUCUUCAACGCUUUCAUGGCGAACCUUCCUCAGGUGUUAGACCAGAAUCAUGUAAUGGGGGCCACCAUACUCGAGUACACUUUACUCGUUUUGCAAUACAGUGUGGGGGGAGCAAGCGGUAGUGGCACUGCGGUGUUGACGUCGCUCGAGCCCCAUGUGCGCAGACAUUGGCUCAUGGCACUCCUUGUAGUCCUCUACAAGUAUCACUAUGACAGCGGCGCGCUUUGCAGCCAGGUUCAACUGCUUGUUCGCAUAGUUCUCAACACGCUAGAAGCACAAUAUCAUCAAUGCAAACGCAUACCUCCAAUGAUUGUUAUGCCGCAAGCCGCUAGGGCUAGAGACGUGAGUCAGCCGUCGUUGAAGACAGAGCACUCCCCUCCUCCAAUGUCAGGGGCGGGGGGGGAGGCCGCUCGGUCGCACAAGUCACCCGCACACAUGCACACUCACUGGGAGGAACCCGCCCCUCCACCCAAAUACCAACAAUGGAGUUUGGAGCAGGAAUCAUCUGAGAGCGAGCUAAUCGCAAUACCGGAAACGAGUGACAAAUCUGACACAACAGUGCACGGGAGCACGGCACCGGGUUCUUUCGAUGAGCCAUCUCAUUAUGAAGAUCCCCCAAAGGUGGAGACCCCGAUCGCUAAUACAACUCAUCCGACUUUUAACAAAAUAACUGCAGUCACGUCAAGGUCUGCACACCAGCUGUCCACGAGCUCAUCAGUUUCCAUAGGAAGCGACUCCUCCAAUUUGAAAUCAACACCGAUGAGUGGUCAAUCGGUGGAGAUAUGGCCUGACCAGUUGCACGGACAACAGACUUCGCCCAGAGCCAAGAUCCUCGGAAAACAGAAGAGAAUUGUCGUGGGAAGUAGUACAUCUCCGGAGACGGGAGGGUCAUCUGGUGAGGGACAGUUCUCUCAGUGGCCCUCACAGCCGAGAGACCCACAAGUACAUCACAUAAAAAGUCCAGUACGGUGCUGUGCGUACACGUCGCCGGAGUCCCCGCUGUCCCGCAUGGAGCUGGCCUGGAGCCCCGCGCCGGCGCCCUCUCACACGCACGCGCCUGCCCCCUUCCGCAUACCGCCCACCGAGAGGUUGCUGCCGAUCGGUCCUCAGCCGAAUAAAGAACAAUAUCCGGUUUUCAACGCGCUAGUCGACAGAGUAAGGGAGGCGCUUAGCUUGCCGACAGAUGAUUCAACAGACAAGACGGAUUCUAGUAGAUCCGAACCGGAGCAGAUUCCUAAGCUGGUGCCGACCACAAGACCACAUGAGCUCAACAAGAAAAACUCCACUGAAAGAAUAGGCACGUCUCCCCGUCGGUUGGCCAGACAAGCCGCACAGCUUGGUUCCCCUCCCACAGCCACGACUGUAGGACAGGGACAAGAAGCAGAGAGCGAGUGCGGCUCGUGGUGGGAGAGCAGCCCGCGGCGCGCCCCCCUACCGCACCAGCCGCCACUCUGCUACCGAUGUGCGGAAUGCGGUACGGCAGUGGAACAAUGCAGCGACGAGGAGCUGGGCCUGUGCAUCAUCGUUAUCGCGACCUUCGUGCACCGAGAACCUGCUGCAGCAGCGCCGAUGCUUCCCGCCUUCUUACACGCCGUAGCCAGGGCGGGACAGCUGGGCGGCUACUCGUGGCAGACGGAGUGGGGGGGAUGCGGACGGCUGGCGGGCAGCGCGGUAUCCGUGGCGCACCAGUUCCUCCGUUGUGUGCUGCACCAGCUGGCACCAAACAACGUUUUCCUCCAGCUCUAUCUGCAGAGGACCCCAGAGAAGCAGCGCAUGGUGCUCUUCAAGAGUAUAGCGCAGGCCUUCGUUGACUUCAACGAGUUGUACCCGUGCGGGCCGCUACAGCUGGUGCUUGAACAUCUCAACUCCAAGAAAACUUUACCGGUUGAUCAAAUGUGUACGCUGGCGGGCAACAUGGCGAUGUAUCUGGAGUGCCUGGCCCCCGAGGCGCUGGGCCCGGCGGCCGCGUGCGCCGCAUUGCUGCAGCAGAUGGAGGUGUUGCUGCGUGGCGUGCUGCUAGUGCUGCCACAGCUGGAUGAUGUACUGCCUCUGCUGCGGGCCGCCACGGCCGCGCUCAGGGUGCCUAACGCUCACCAACACAAGAGUAUACUAGAGCCGAUCUCGAAGAUCCUAAGCUACGGCAUUCAGAAUUUCGUGAUGAAGCUGUCCGUGAUAUCCGAGCUGAGCAUGGUCUGCAUGCGGGUGUUCAGCCGCGACCGGGACCGCCUGCUGGUCUGCCGUGUGCUGGUCUACGAGCUGGUGCAGGCACUGCGGACCAAGACCACGGUGCCUGACGACAACCUCUUCAUACUCAUACAAUUUGUUCUACAAGGUCACGGCUGCAGUCUGUUGCUACCCCCGCAGUUGAGCGCGAACUGCGGCGGUGCGGCCGGGGGUGUCGGGGAGGCUCGCGACCUCGGCGGGGGGGCGGUGGAGUGCAUGCGGCCACACCUACCCGACAUGAUCGAGCUCCUGCAGGACCCGCACCUCCUCAACAAGAUCAAGGGGUCCGUGUCGAAGUCGAUCGUGAACCGGAACGUAAUCUGCCUGAACGAGGAUACGCUGGGCAGCAUCGUGAAGGGCGGCAUCGCUCAGUACGCGGCCGCCGAGCUGGCGUUGGAGCACGCGCGCCGCCAGCCGCCCCCCCCGCGACACCUCACGCCCUGGCUCUCCGCCGCCCCCCCGGGUUCCCGCGACGUGUGCGAGUGCGUGUCCCGGGUGAGGCUGGUGUCGUGGCUGCUCGCCGGCGCGCUAAGCAACAGUCGGUCGCAGCCGCUGCAGGUCACCAUACCGUGCGACGCCACCUGCCAUCUCACUGACCACAUCCAGACUAUUCUAUCGUGGUACGCGGAGUCGUCUCGCGUAGAGCCGCGUGAGUCCCGUGCGGAGUCUCGCGGCGGGCCCCGGCUGAGCGCGCUGUGUCAGGCGCUGUGUCUGUGCCAGCUGUGGACGCUCUAUCUGGAGCAACUGGGCGCUGCCGACGCGCUGCUCGACUUCUGGUGUAAACUUCUGCCGGCAUUGUUGCACCUCGCUCAUUCUUCGAAGCUGUUGGCAGAAGCGGUGAACCUACAUUUCCUGGGGCUUCUCGAAUCUCUAUUAGAAUGUAAUUCGACGGUCCUCACCAAGCUGCUGCCGCUGUGGACUCCUGUGCUUCACUCGCCGCUCUUCAAUAUGUCCCGGCACGUGGCUCAGCGCGUGGAGGCGUGCCGCGAGUCUGUGGGCGCGGGGGGAGCGCGGGGACUGGGGGGAGGGGACGCUCGACAACAACGCAGCCUCCAUCGACUCCUGGCUAAAAUGGCACAACUAGAACUGCAACCGCAUUCCUUUUAUUUCAUUUAAAAAAAAUCAUUAUGUUAAGCUUCAUUAGUAUGUUAAACAUAAUACAUAUCGACGCUUGAAAGGCAAACGUGACUAAGCGACAUGCGUGAACUUUACAGUAGACUAAUUUAAAGUUGAAACACCUGAAAAAAAAUAUA